ACUAGGGGAAAAAUUAGCAUGUCUCUCUUAGGCUUUCCAUGUUUGAAAAUGGAAUAGAUUGUCGUGCCCUGUCCAGUUGGAACCUUGUUUUGAAGGGUUAUUAUAAAGAAAAACGUAUGGCAUGGUGCUUUCUACUUGAGUUGUUGUUAAAUUUAGUAGGGGCUAUUUAUGAAGUGGGAGGACAUCACAUUAGUUUGUUUUGCAUUAUAUUGAUUCUGAAAGGUGUUGCAUAUUAUUCAUGCAGCAAGUUUGAAGGUGUUACGACAUUUAUUUUUGUGAGAUGGAACGGAACUAGAAAUUUUUACCCUUAGAGGAAAAGAGUAGAUUUCUUUGUGCUGUUCACCCAUGGUUGUAGUGUGGUAGAUUAGAGCAACCAUGCAGUGAACAUUUCUUCAAGAGUUUUUGAUUUAUGGGAAUAUCAGUAAUUUUUAUUCAUCUGAAUUUAAAGUGGACUAUCACUUUUGUUCAAAUGCUUUCUUGAACAAUUUAACUGAGGGUGGUUGAGUGUAGCUGAACAAUGUCUACAAAAUUUCCAAGGUUUCCUCCAAGCAUAAAAUUGUAAUGAAGAUAAGACACAAGACUGGUGGGUGAUAAACUUAAAAAAUGUAGUAUUUUGAGUUGAUUAUUUGAUGUCAAAAGCUAUGGCCCUAUUUCUACUGUUUGUUAGAAUGUGGUGGUGUUGCACAGGCCUUAACCUGUGCGGCUACUAAACCAAUUGAAAUGGGAAGUGAAACAUCAGUUGGAAACAUCUGAUAUGCAUUUUUUCAAGGGUGGGAAUUUAGCUGCCAGGGGCUGCAUGUCCUUUUCCUAAGAUAAGAAAGGGGAGGAUGAUUCUGUGACACUUGGUUGUCCCAAAGCAAGCUCUUUUUUUGCCAGAUAAUACUGACCAAUUUUGAAUCUGCACUUGAGCUCUAUUUUUGGCAUUUCCCAUAACAAAGGGGAAAUGGUUGGAGAUUUGAAGGAACUUGUUGGAGGAAAUAUGCCACAAUUCUUUUGAAACAUUUUUCCUAAUUCUCCUUGUUAGUGAUCUUAUUCUUGGAGAACACAUUUAACCGGUGUCAGUUUUGGAUUGAACAUGGCAUACAAAGUCCUGUGGUGCAAAAUCACCCCACUAUUCCUUAGUUCCCCUGCAUUUCUAUUUUAAAAGGAUAUCAACAAUUUGAGUUGUGAUCUUUUCAUCAACCCCAAAAUGUUUUCAUUAAAAAGGAAUCAGGUGUAUGGCCUGUGCAUUUUUGGAUCAUAGAGGACGUGCAAUUAGUGAAGGAGGAUCUAGCCUGACUGCAGAAUUUUUCAGUUCCGGAGAAGGAUAAAAACACUUGUGCAGGGAGUUCCUCUCACUGAUCUUACCACACAGCCAUUGUAAUUUGGAUUUGUAAUGCAGAACUCUUUUGAUUCCCCCUCUUGGAAGAAGACUUAGAGCAAGAAGACUGAACAAUGGCUCCCCAGGAGAUAUGUUAUGUGAAUGAUCAGUGGAAAGUAAUUGGAAAACUUAAAUUUUUGGUUGAGAAGUUGUGGAAUCUGGCACACCAAAUGGAAACAAGGAAAAUUAAGAGUGGUAAUCGUUGACCAAAGAGGGCAGAAUUUCCUAAAGUUUGGUAGAAGUUGGGUUUGAGGAUGAUUAUUUUUUAUUUUAAUAGAUUUCAAAGUUUGAGAACCAUUUCCCAAUUUUAAGUUGUAAUCAGUUGCCUUGUAUACCCAUCAAUGACCUUAGCCAUGGCCCACAUGAGGAGCUGAACGGUAUAAAUUGUCAGCACCUGGAGAUCUUGUGAGCCAUGACUAUUAUUGCCAGACACCUUUUUCAUUGGUUGUUGGGGAGCUAUUGCCUUCUAUCCAAAGUUACAGAAUCUAUUUUUUCUACAAGAGCCUUUAUCUGUCAGAGAUUGUGAAUGAAAGAGAUGUUGCUUUAAAAAGCUUCACUGCUAACUGAUUAGUGAAAAUUUUGUGACAUUUUCAAGCCUACACUUAGAAUGAUACAAAGAUCAAAGUGCAUCCUUUUGAGGGGUUAAUUUGCAGUGGUGAUUUGGAAACUUUGGAGUUAAUUAAAUUUUAUUUUUAAAACCAGUCAUAUGAACAACACCAAAACCCUUUGUGUCUUUAAAUGGACUAUGGUCUGCAACAAGGUCUCAAAUCAGGCAGUUUGAACCAAAGGACUCAUUUAUAUUUGGGAUUAACUUAUCUGUCAAAGAUGAUUCAUUGGGCAGGGUUUUAUUAACAUUCUACUGUCAAGGAAGGAUGAGAAAACAGAUAAAUGAAACAGAAUAUGUUAGUAUACUGAUUUCCUUUUUUUUCUUUCCCCCAUGCCCUAAUUUUGCUAUACUUAUUUUUUUUUACCUUUUCACUCACUGAAGUGACCAAAGAGGAAAUUCUCCCCACAACAUCCUUAAAAUAUUUUGCAUGAAGGAAAUGAGAAGAAAAAAAAUAUUGUCAACUAGGCAAUACUGUUUGACUAAACAACAAGUCCUUUGAGCUAAAAUUAGAAGAAAUGUGCAGUAGACUGUACAGAGAAUUGAUAUUUUGACAGAAUAGAGAAUUAAUAUUUUGUUUUGGGGAGGAGGGAAGGGUUACUUAACAAAGAAAAAUCUUUCAUUGGUCUUUGGAUAUGCUUUGUCACAUGCAUGCGUGUCUGAGUGCACGAGGUCAAUUAACAGCAGACUUGUUAACAUGAGACAUCAAAAAUAUCAAAAUUCUGCCCUCUUGCAAGGUUGAAAGGACACAAACAAAGGAAACUUGACAAGCAUAUCAUGUUCAUUCAUUUGAUGUUCUCUUAAGUUCAUCAUCAUUAAGCUAAAUUUUUUAUAAAAUAAAAGAUGCAUGAUGAAAUGAUAAGAUGUCUGUCUGAGAGGGAGGGAGGGGUGAAUACCAGUGUGUAGGAUAUAAUUAUCACUACAUAAAUCAAAACUUGGAUGAUUGUCAGGCUUGUAGCACAGCUUACAAGGUCAAAACAGCCUUGGAAUUGCAAACCUUAUUCAAGACAAAAUUGUUCACCCAGGCUGAAGUGAUUUUCUGGGCGAUAAGUACAGAAUAUUCAGAAUUUUGUAAUAAUGCUUCAUUGAGCUGUCUGUUUAUCAGUUUUAAGUGUGGAGAGGGGAGGGUGAUCACAUUCAAACUCACCCACUUCACCCACCCUGCAUACCAACCUUCCUUUGUUAAAGUCAAGUGGUUAAACGAGGCUCAGCGAUAAUGCACUAUAUUUCAAGAUGGCGGACGACGUAUCAACAAAGCUGUUAGUGAGACAUUUACCCUCUCAACUCAGUGUACAUGAUAAAACGGACCUACUGAAACACUUUGGAGCAAAGGAAGUAAUAUGUAUGGAAAGGAGAGGAAAAUUGAGAGAUGCUGCAUUUGCUGAGUUUUCCACCCUAACACAAGCUGCUCAGGCAAUUUCUCAGUUACACCAGUCUGAGGUUCUUGGCAGCCGAUUGACAGUGGAAUAUGCUAAACCUCUUCAUGAACAUCUUGCAGCUCAACAGUGUAGCAGGGUCUCCCCUUCAGUAUCGUUGGAUGAAAACACAAACAACGACAAAGAAACAAGAAAAGUGGAGACAGAACAACUCAGUAACAAAGUUAAAGUGAAGUCUGGUGACACUCAAGGCAUAGCACCAAGUUUAGGAAUUAAGUACAGUUGCAACCCAAGUCUUCACUAUGCCUACCCUCCGGUAAAUACUGCCAUUCUCACCAACAUCGCCCACACAUUGGCAUGUGUUCCAAAAUUUUAUGUCCAGGUUUUGCAUCUGAUGAACAAAAUGAAUCUUCCUGCUCCAUUUGGACAAAUUACCCCCACCCCACCCUUGUUAGGUGAAGUACCAGAAGCACCGCAGCCGGCUUCAUCAGAUGACGACAGAUCUAUGUCCAGUGAUGAGUCAGAAAUAGAGAGUGAUGAAGAAGAAAGAGAGAAAAGAGCGAAACAAAGGGCUGAACACGCCCAAAGAAUGUCUGUUGCCAAACCAGGGAAGACUGCCAAGAAAAGACACAAAGUCAACCUUCCAACAUCAAGACCACCAGCCAAGAAAGUCAAGUCAAGUUCUUCAACCAAACAAAUACCUGUGGAGAAAGCAUUCGAACAGCCUUCUGGCCAACCAAAGAGGAUUGAGUUUAAGCUCACGGAGGCGAUCUCAAAUAUAUUUGAAUCUGCAGCAUACAGUGAGGCCAUAGCUGUUGCUCCUCCAGAGGUAGAAGGGUUUGGUCGAUUUGCGCCUCCUGCAGAUCUUGAAGAUGCCAAGGAUGAACUUGAAGAAGAAGAAGAAGAAGAAGACGAGGAGUCUGUUUCUGAGGAAAGCAGAGAGUAUAUCUCAUCCGCCGAACUGCGCAGAAACAGAAUAAGUACCAAAGAAAUGCCGGAUAUUUCUGCUUUCAAGAAUUAUUCACCUGGAGACCCGACCUGCAGGCUAUACAUUAAAAAUCUGGCAAAAACUGUCGAAGAGAAGGAUCUCAAGUACAUUUUUGGUCGAUACAUUGAUAACAAGAUGGAAGAGGAAAGAGACAGAUUUGACAUUCGGCUGAUGAAGGAAGGUCGCAUGAAGGGUCAAGCUUUAGUUACGUUACCGAAUGAGGAGAAGGCGAAGAAGGCUCUCAGAGAUACACACGGCUACAUCCUGCAGGGGAAGCCCAUUGUUGUUCAAUUCGCACGAUCAGCGAAAGCAAAGGAUUAAGAACAUACUCGCUGCAAGUUCCAGAAGUGAAGGAGCUGCAAAACCCAAAUGAAAUGCAGUAGCCGGACGAUGUGACCAUAGCCAAAUGUUACAAAGGGAAGGGAGGUUCGCUGUCACGUGAUUCGUCCCUUCAGUGCCGCGCCGUACAAAAUGGGAGGUGAUGGACACAAGCGUAGAGUUAAGUCUGGGACCAAGAUCUCUCAGGGGGUAGAGGUGGAUCACACUGGUAUGGUUCGGGUUUUCUAACAGAAUGAGCUGAAGAUUGGACUUAAUGAAAGCAAAUGGCGAGAAAUCUUAAUCUGGCAAUAUGUCCUUCUUUGUGCACUCAAUUCUCUUAACUACAUCUGCAAGAGGGCGUUACAUUUGACCCGUAGAAUUUAAUUUGAUGACGCAAUUGUGACGAGAGAGAGUUACUUGCUGUUAGUGACUAGUUGAUGGAUCGACCAAUCAGAGUCAAGUAUCGAAAUUAUGUGUGUCAUCAGUGUAAUACAUGACAGGAAGAGCCUGGUGUUCAGUAAUAACAAUUUUUUACUAAUAUAUAUUAAGCAUUAUAUGUUUGGAUUUGAAUUCCAUAAAUAAAUAGAAAAAUCAUUCCGCA